AUGGGAACCCCUUUCUUAAACCAGAUGAAGAAGCAAGCAUGUUCUUUCCUUCAAGACAAGUACAAAACUGCAAGGCUGGCUCUAACCGACGUUACCCCGAUAGAAUUGCUGGAUACGGUAGAUUGGAAGCAAUGGAGGCAAUCCUACAAGACGUUGGUCCUUCUCGAGUUCCUAAUGACCCAUGGUCCUGAGGAACUCGCCGAAGAAUUCCACAACGACAUCGACAUCAUUGAAGACCUUGGCACAUUCCAAUUCAUUGACGACAAAGGGUUCGACUGGGGAGCCAAAAUGCACAAGAGAUCCGCCAGCAUCCUCGCCCUGCUCCGUGGCGGCGGGACCGCCCUGAGAGAAGCACGCCUCAAAGCCCUCAAGAUCUCCAAGGAAAUCCAAGGCUUCGGCAGCUCCACUCCUUCUUCCGCCGCCGCCUCUCCGACGUCUUCCGCGGCCACGCCGUCCUCCGCGGUCUCCAACGCCUCCUUCACCACCGCGGGCUCCACCUUCGAGGACAUCUGCCGCCUCGAGAACCUCGCCCUCACCACCAACGAUCUAGACGACGACGCCGCAGCGGUCGAAUUACCCGAUGACAACGUUAACAAUAAAAACAUCAACAAUGAAAGUCGUGAAGAUACUCAUAAUGGUAAUGAUCAUCCGGUGAUCAAGAAGACUCUGCGAUUGCGGAGCCACCGCUGGGAUUGCUGCGGCGACACAGUUCAGGAAAAGGGCUCCCUUUUGGACGUCGGUGGUGAUCACGACGAUCGGAAGCCGUCCGAUCAGCAAGGGCUUGUUGGCGGAUUUUGCGACAAGAUGAUGAUGAUGACCACUUCUCCCAAGAAGAACAAGGAGUACUACGGCGAGAAGAAUAAUGGUAAUUACCAUAACAACGGCAACGGGUUCAGGAGCUUUUCGGAUGUAGGCAAGUUCUUGAAGAGAAGAUACGAACGCCAAUUCUCUAUGGGGUAUUGAUGAAUUGAUUGCUACAUGCAUUCUUAACCCAGAUGAUGAUAAGGAUGGGAAAGAAAUUGAACAUUUUCAGUGUGCAAGGGUUAUAUUAUGAUCAGCCAGUAGAAAGAAGUACUCUUAGAUCAGCUGAUUUUAUGCUAUGGUGUGUAAAAUUUGUGCGAGUAGGAUAUAUAUUUACAUAUAUGACUGCCAAAACUGUUACAUACUUAAACUGGUUAGUCAAACUAGGAUGUAUUUAUAA